AUGCCCCGCCCUCCACUGACUGUCCAGGCAGUGACCUUGACCCUGGUGCCCCUCGUGUGAGCCGUGGGGGUGGCGGGCAACGCCAUGGUGGUCCUGGUGGUGGUCCGGAGCCGCAACAUGGUCACGUCCACCAACUGUUACCUGGUGAGCCUGGCCACCGCGGACCUGCUGGUGCUCCUGGCGGCCGCAGUGCCCACCGUGACCGAGGCGGCCUCCGCCCGGGUUUGGAUCUUCGGCCACCCCGGCUGCCUGGGCAUCACCUACCUGCCGUACGUGGGCAUCAACGCGUCCACGGGCUCCAUCACUGCGUUCACGGUGGAGCGCUACCUCGCCAUCUGCCGCCCUCUGAGCGCCCAGGCUCUGUGCCCCGCGGCGCGGGCCAAGCGCAUCGCGGCGCUAGUGUGGCUGGGCACCGGCGCCUGCUGCGUGCUCUGGCUCUUCUUGGUGGACACCCGCGAGGCCGCGUACGCCGACGGCGUGCAGGCGCAGUGCGGCCACCGCGUGGCGCGCUCGCUCUACCUGCCUGUCUACUUCCUGGACUUCGCGCUCUUCCACGCGCUGCCCCCGGGCUUGGCCACCGUGUGCUACGCGCUCAUAGCGCGUGCUCUUCGCGGGGCCGCUGCCUCCUGGGGCGCUUACAAUUCCACAUCCUCUGGUGCUAAAGCUGCUUCAAUGGACAGGAAGCAGGUCACCAAGAUGCUGGCUGUGGUGGUGGUUCUUUUCGCUCUGCUGUGGCUGCCCUACCAUGCCCUGGUGGUGGUGAAUUCCUUUCUAAGCCCGCCCUACCUCAACCUUGGCUUGCUUCUCUUCUGCCGCCUUUGCAUCGACAUGAACAGCGCCGUCAACCCCAUGGUCUACGCCCUCAUGUCCCAGCGUUUCCGGGAGGCCUUCCAUGGGCUGUUUCAGUGCCAUCUGGCCCGGCCCAAGGCCCCCGCCCUGGGAGGCCAGCCCUGUUUACUACAGGGUCAUCAGAGACUGUUCCCAGCACAGACUGGGCUCUUGGAAGAAACCAGGGGGCGUGAUGUCCAGACAGGAAGGGGAUCCUGCCACUUCAUGGCGAGACCCCCCACUGACCCCUAUUGA